AUGUUGGGCAGCCAGAAAACGGGUCCGGGUUGCGGAGAUGCAGUGGAUAGCCAGACAGUGGGGCAGUCGGCCGCAGCCCGAGGCGGGCUUGGGCCUUCCCCGGUUGUCAAGGGGCCUCGAGCGUGGAAGGCUGCUCGCGCCACGCAGAACGACCUAGAACUUUCCUCCGCGGAGAGCCAGUUCUGCUCGAGCCCCUCCCGCUUGCCUGCAGCCAGCCGGAGAGCCAUGAAAAGCUUGCGUCGGCAUCAAUGUCUGCCUCGUCAGCCGGUCCCCUCCGCAGCUCAACUGUUGGGCCUCCGCGUCAAAGCUCAUCGACAGGACACUAACGAUGACCUUGACUGGCAGCUCAUCAGGAAUCAUGGUUCAUUUCUGCAGACCGUGGACCAUCUUCUAGGCUCCUAUGUGAUGGUGAACUCUUCAGAACAUUCUGCAGGAAGGAAAGCUCGCCUCAUCAUCCCGCCUUUCAGCGAAAAUGAGACUCACUGCAUCCAGUUCAAUUAUUUCCUCUAUAGUAGAGAUGGGCACAACCCAGGGUCACUUAACGUCUACAUAAAGUCCAACUUGGGGGCAACUGGUAGUCCAGUUUGGAACGUAACUGGAUUUCGUGGGCAACAAUGGCUUCAUGCUGAGCUUUCAGUUGGUAUCUUUUGGCCAGAUGAAUAUCAGGUCAUUUUCGAAGUAGUGGUUUCCACAGAACGAAGAGGUUGCAUUGGAAUUGACAAUAUAUUGACAAUGAAUUUCCCCUGCUAUGAAGCCCCUCACUUUCUUAAUCUUGGAGAUGUGGAAGUGAAUUCCGGGCAGAUUGCAACAUUCCAGUGCAUAGCAAUAAUGCACACUCCUGAGAUAGAAACAGUCUUUUUGCAGAGACAGCACAGAGGUAUCACCAAACCAGUAUCCGGGCUGAGAAACAAUAGUAGUGAUAUCACAGCAACCUUUGAACUGCAUGAAGUGACAAAACAGGAGCAGGAUCCGUACCGAUGUGUGACUCAGUCUGCAAAAGGAUCUGCAGUUUCUAACUACGCAAAACUUAUUGUCAGAGAACCUCCAUCCCCAGUUGCACCUCCCCGGUUGAUUCAUGCUGGCCUGACUUACCUGGUAAUACAGCUGAAUACCAACAUAACAUCUGGAGAUGGCCCUGUUAUUCAACGAGAAAUUGAGUAUAGGAUGAAUUCACAGUCUCAGUCAAAAAUUCAGAUUGCUCCUUAUCUAAUCCAUAUGCUCCGUCACCUAUACCUGGAUACUGAAUACGUGAUCAGAGUCUUACUAACUAGGCCUGGUGAGGGAGGGAGAGGGAAUCCAGGACCAUCGCUCAUCUGUAAGACUAAGUGUGCAGAACCCUUGAGGGCCCCCAAGGAACUUACUUUCUCUGAGAUCCAAUCAAGAAACAUCACACUACAGUGGGAACAAUUGAAAAUUGACAUCGUUCGCUGUUUUACUUACUCAAUCAGUGUCUGUUACCGCUACAACAUUGGAGCUGGCCAUGAUCAAGUGGUCAGUUAUUGCAAGCAAGCUGAACCAAAGGUCCCCAGGUUCACCAUUAAGAACCUUCCACCUUUCACAAUUAUUUAUGUCAAGGUGAAGCUGACAAACACUGAAGGAAGUAAAAGGACCAAAGAAUAUGAGUGUCGGACAGAUGAAGAUGUACCAGAUAAAAUUCCAGCAGAGUCCAUUUUUGGAAUACCUGGGGAGCACACAAUAUGUUUGCAAUGGGAUGAACCACUGGAGCCUAAUGGUUACAUCACACAUUAUAAGGUGAGCUACCAAAGCACUGAGUCUUCAGACCCUGCAGUGAUCGUACCCAGCCUUCUCAACCCACAGCUCAAAUCCAAGAAUGAGCGAUACCACAUGUUUGUGAAUUUGACACCAGGUACCACUUAUCGCUUCUCUGUCUCUGCAUCCACCAGCAAAGGAUUCGGUCCUGAGACCUAUACUGAGAUCACGACAAACAUAUCUGGUAAGUGGUUUAAUGAAAUGACUAUAGUACUGAUCUGA